AUGGACGAGUUGAAGGACUUGCAGAAGCAGGAGCGGCAGUUAAUCCUUUCGAUCAACGGUGUAGGAGCAUUUGUUGAGGCGUACAAGAAGGCUGAGCACGAGAACCAGAUCUCGAUUCGGCUGGACACCUUGGAGGAGGCCAUGCGGAAGUUCUACAAGGUGCGCCGCAAGAUCGAAGCCAUGAUCGACGACGAGGAUGAGGACGAAGUUGUUGGAGAGUCAAAGGAGGCUCGGAAGAAGCGGUUGGCUGAUCUGGUGGUUCAGCGUGAGAUGGAGUACAACAAGGCUCUUCGUGACGUCGAGGAGAGGUACUUCGUGGUGAAGGCGAAGCUGGUCGCGCUGCGCCCAGUCAAGGUUGAGCCCACUCCUGCCGCUGACCUGAACGAAUCCUGCUUCGAUCGCUCGACCUCUCGCAUUAAGUUGCCGGACAUCAAGCUGCCCAACUUCAGCGGCGCGCUGAAGGACUGGAUCCCGUUUCGCGACACCUACAAGAGCCUCAUCCACUCCAACAUGCAGCUGCCGGACAUCGACAAGUACACCUACUUGAGGUCCGCUCUGCAAGGUGAGGCACAGCUGGAGAUCCUGUCGGUUGAUUUCUCCGCAGAAGGCUACGACGUUGCUUGGAAAGCACUGGAGAAGAAGUACGACAACCACAAGCUCAUCGUCAAGGCGUACCUGGACGCGAUCUUCGACAUCGAGCCACUGCGAAAGGAGAGUUUCGGCGGUCUGUCUCACCUGAUCAGUGAGUUCGAGACAAACCUGCAGAUGUUGAAGAAGCUUGGCGAAGGAACGGAAGCCUGGUCAACUAUCCUGGUCCACAUGCUCUGCGCGCGUUUGGAUCAUGCCACGCUGCGACUGUGGGAAUCGCACCACAACUCGAAAGCUGUGCCGAAGUACGACGUUCUGAUCGAGUUUCUGCGUGACCAGUGUACGGUGCUGCAAUCGAUCAAGGCCAACCGGCCCAGCGAAGGAGACGGACGGCAGAACCGAUCGAGAAUCUCAACCGCUCACACGUCCUCGCAGUCACAACGGCGCUGCCUGUUCUGUGGAGAGACGUUUCACAUGCCGUUCAAUUGUAGCAAGCUGAGAAACAUGUCUGUGUCUCAACGUGUGGAGGAAGUAAAUCGUCGUCGGCUGUGUAGGAAUUGUUUGAAUGCUGGUCAUUACGCCGAUGGAUGUUCUCGUGGUUCGUGUUCCCGCUGCGGCGCUAGACAUCACACGUUGCUGCAUUAUGACACGCCGGCACCUGCUGGCGCUCGUCAAGGAAGAUCCUCCGUUCAGAAUACGCAAAAUCGACCCCCAGCAGCUGGACAACAACAACACACGAGACAGCAAGGCCAGACACAGAGCAGUUCCACCCAACCAACCACAAGUUCCUACCCCGUGCACCAAUCCACUUCUCGAAACACUCACCCACCACCACCCACAGACUCUCGCAAUUCCACCACCCUCAAUGCGGCAUCCCUCCCCGCACAAAAUGCACCAACACUGUCCUGCCAAGUCCUCAUGUCUACGGCUGUAGUUCGUGUUGAAGACCAGUUCGGAAACUAUUCGCUCGCUCGGACACUUCUUGAUUCGUGUUCCGAGUUCUGCUACAUGACUAGCACCUUUUCCAAGAAGCUGAAGUUCCGGACAACACCCGACGUACUGAGAGUACAGGGCAUCGGAAACGGCUCGGCGACGUCGCUGAAGGCCGUACGUGCGAAGAUCCAGCCGCGGUUGGAUACGAUCUCGUCGUUCUCGGAGGAAAUGCGGUUCCACUUGCUGCAGAAGAUUUCCAGUGAUUUACCCGCCACACCGGUCGACGUCAGCCAGUUGAUGCUCCCCAGUGACAUCAUCCUCGCUGAUCCGCACUUCGGGGAACCUGGUCCCAUUGAUAUGAUCAUCGGUGCUGAGUUUUUCCUCGAUCUGCUGUCUGCUGGUCGGCGUAAGAUCGUCGAGGACGGUCCGACGCUUCAAGAGACUGUGUUUGGGUGGAUAGUCUCGGGAAAGGUUCCCGCAUCGUCGCCCAGUGUCCCACGCACGGCAACCUACGUCAGCUCAACAGUUGACCUGAAGGAGUUGAUGGAAAGGUUUUGGGAACUGGAGUCGUGUCACGUCAACAGCACCCACUCUGUGGAAGAGUCCACCUGCGAAGAGCUGUUCAACAAGACGACGAUUCGAGACGCAGAAGGAAGAUUCGUGGUGACCUUGCCGAAGAAGCAACGAGUCAUCGAGAAGCUGGGCGAGUCCAGAAACAUGGCGAUGAAGCGGUUCAUCGGCAUGGAGAAGCGGUUCACGACGAAUCCCGCACUGAAGUUCAUGUACACGGAGUUUGUGCAUGAGUACCUGCUCAUGAAGCACAUGCGAGAAGUGAAGGAGGACAGCAGAGAAUGCACCAAAUGCGUGCUUCGUCCACGAUGCACCUCACGAUGA